AUGGAGCCCAUCAGCCUCCCAGCCGUUUCACCUCAUAUUCUCGAGGGUAACAAACCUUUACCGGAAAUUGAUCUUCAGAAAAACUCCGGCAAACACAUGGCACCACCAUCGCCACCGGUUUUCCACGAUGCCCCUAUUUUCUCAUCCUACAACCACCCCUUCUCGACAUGGUCGAUCGACUCGGCAAUCGUGGUGAUUGGAGAUCAAUCAGCCGGCAAAUCAAGUGUCCUUAAGUCCCUCGCUGGCAUAAGCCUCCCCCGUGGCGACAGCUUCUUCAAGAAGGUGACAUCGAACAAAGUCAGCAUCGGCCUUGGCUACAUCUGCGUGCGCAACAGGUUUGGGGAUGAGGAGGCCCUGGAGAAGGAGGCCCAGCUGUUUGAGACACACCACCUCCUGUCUGAGAUAAGCCGGUCGAUGGUCGGGAUCCCUGUUCUGGUCAAAGGCUUGUCCAGAUCCAGGCGAGACUCAUUCCGGACACCAUUACCUCGAUUGUUGAGGCCAGAUCCAAGCGAGACUCAUUCCGGACACCAUUACCUCAACGGUCAAUUACACUCUGCCUGUCGAAUCUCAUUCUUCUCCGCAAUUGCCACCUCAACACGGCCGGCGCAAACCACCACCGCCAACGACGACCCCAUCAUCACCUCUGUCGUCAUUCCCCUGCAACAAGGCCGCGUGGCAGGUCGUCUGUUGGGAUUGAUGGAAGUCCCCGCCUUCGACACUUUCAAUCAGGGUUGGGAUUGA